AUGUCCUUCGGCAGAGACAUGGAGCUGGAGCACUUCGACGAGCGGGAUAAGGCUCAGAGGUACAGCCGCGGGUCGCGAGUGAACGGCCUGCCCAGCCCGACGCACAGCGCGCACUGCAGCUUCUACCGCACGCGCACGCUGCAGACGCUCAGCUCCGAGAAGAAGGCCAAGAAGGUGCGUUUCUACCGAAACGGAGACCGGUACUUCAAAGGGAUUGUGUAUGCCAUCUCCCCAGACCGCUUCCGAUCUUUUGAGGCCCUGCUGGCUGAUUUGACCCGAACUCUGUCGGAUAACGUGAACUUGCCCCAGGGAGUGAGAACCAUCUACACCAUUGAUGGGCUCAAGAAGAUUUCCAGCCUGGACCAACUGGUGGAAGGAGAGAGUUAUGUGUGCGGUUCCAUAGAGCCCUUUAAAAAACUGGAGUAUACCAAGAACGUGAACCCCAACUGGUCGGUGAAUGUCAAGACCACCUCGGCUUCCCGGGCGGUGUCUUCCCUGGCCACGGCCAAAGGGAGCCCCUCAGAGGUGCGAGAGAAUAAGGAUUUCAUUCGGCCCAAGCUGGUCACCAUCAUCAGAAGUGGGGUGAAGCCACGGAAAGCUGUCAGGAUUCUGCUGAACAAGAAAACUGCUCAUUCCUUUGAGCAGGUCCUCACUGACAUCACUGAUGCCAUCAAGCUGGACUCGGGAGUGGUGAAACGCCUGUACACCCUGGACGGGAAACAGGUGAUGUGCCUUCAGGACUUUUUUGGUGAUGAUGACAUUUUUAUUGCAUGUGGACCGGAGAAGUUCCGUUACCAGGAUGAUUUCUUGCUAGAUGAAAGUGAAUGUCGAGUGGUGAAGUCCACUUCUUACACCAAAAUAGCUUCAUCGUCCCGCCGGAGCACCACCAAGAGCCCAGGACCCUCCAGGCGCAGCAAGUCCCCCGCCUCAACCAGCUCAGUUAAUGGAACCCCUGGUAGUCAGCUCUCUACUCCGCGCUCGGGCAAGUCGCCAAGCCCAUCACCCACCAGCCCAGGAAGCCUGCGGAAGCAGAGGAGCUCUCAACAUGGCGGCUCCUCUACCUCACUUGCGUCCACCAAAGUCUGCAGCUCGAUGGACGAGAAUGAUGGCCCCGGAGAAGAAGUGUCCGAAGAAGGCUUCCAGAUUCCAGCCACAAUAACAGAGCGAUACAAAGUGGGAAGAACAAUAGGAGACGGGAACUUUGCGGUUGUCAAGGAGUGUGUGGAAAGGUCGACUGCUAGGGAGUAUGCUCUGAAAAUUAUCAAGAAAAGCAAAUGUCGAGGAAAAGAGCACAUGAUCCAGAACGAGGUGUCUAUUUUAAGAAGAGUGAAGCAUCCCAAUAUUGUUCUUCUGAUUGAGGAGAUGGAUGUGCCAACUGAGCUGUAUCUUGUCAUGGAAUUAGUAAAGGGAGGAGACCUCUUUGAUGCCAUCACUUCCACUAACAAAUACACCGAACGAGACGCCAGUGGGAUGCUGUACAACCUGGCCAGUGCCAUCAAAUACCUGCAUAGCCUGAACAUCGUACACCGUGACAUCAAGCCAGAGAACCUGCUGGUGUAUGAGCACCAAGAUGGCAGCAAAUCUCUGAAGCUGGGUGACUUUGGACUGGCCACCAUUGUAGACGGACCCCUGUACACAGUCUGUGGCACCCCCACAUACGUGGCUCCCGAAAUCAUUGCCGAGACUGGAUACGGCCUCAAGGUGGACAUCUGGGCAGCUGGCGUAAUCACUUACAUCCUGCUGUGCGGUUUCCCUCCAUUCCGUGGAAGUGGUGAUGACCAGGAGGUGCUUUUUGAUCAGAUUUUGAUGGGGCAAGUGGACUUUCCUUCUCCGUAUUGGGAUAAUGUUUCUGAUUCUGCAAAGGAGCUCAUCACCAUGAUGCUGUUGGUUGACGUGGAUCAGCGAUUCUCCGCUGUGCAGGUCCUUGAGCAUCCCUGGGUGAACGAUGAUGGCCUCCCAGAAAAUGAACAUCAGCUGUCAGUAGCUGGAAAGAUAAAGAAGCAUUUCAACACAGGCCCCAAGCCAAACAGCUCAGCAGCGGGAGUCUCUGUCAUAGCAACCACCGCUCUUGAUAAGGAGAGGCAGGUUUUCCGACGAAGACGCAACCAGGAUGUGAGGAGCCGGUACAAGGCACAGCCAGCCCCGCCGGAACUCAACUCGGAAUCAGAAGACUACUCCCCAAGCUCCUCCGAGACUGUUCGCUCCCCCAACUCGCCCUUUUAA